GCGCUGUGCAAAAGCUUGCAAGAAGGCGAGAAGGAAGAGGCAGGGUUUGGCGGCAGGAGCUGCAGGAGCGGAAGGGCCGGGAAGCGGCCGUUCACAAGACGGUGGUCGGCCGUCGGGAAGAUGAGCGCCACCAAGGAGUCCAAACCCGAGCACGGCCACGGCGUGAAGCGGCCGGCUUCCCCUGAUCCUGGAGCUGGGAGCUGGGAGGCCGCCGACUUGGGUAAUGAAGAAAGGAAACAAAAGUUCCUGAGGCUGAUGGGUGCUGGAAAAAAAGAACACACUGGACGCCUUGUUAUUGGAGAUCAUCGAUCAACUUCUCAUUUUAGAACAGGGGAAGAAGAUAAGAAAAUGAAUGAUGAGCUGGAGACUCAGUUUCAACAGAGUAUGGAUAGCACCAUGUCAGGAAGGAACCGGCGGCAUUGUGGGCUUGGUUUCAGUGAGUUGGAGGAGGAUAAAGAAGAAGCACCAGAGGAGACGCAAGAUUCCUCGGGGUCAGAAAGUUCAGAAGACUCCGAAAGUGAUUCUGACUCUGAGCAAGACGAAGUUGCCGAAGACCCACCGUCGGCUGAAAAAAACAGCAACUCCGAGGACCCGCAAGCCAAGAAAGAUGCAAAAAGCAGCUAUAAAAUGAUGUUUGUUAAAUCCAGCGGCACUUAGCUGCCGAGUGUAGGCAGAGUAAGCCUUCUGGUUACAGUGCAAAGUCUUGGACUGCUUACGGCACAGAUCUUCCCUUGGUGGUUUUAAUAAGGCCUUUUAGAGAAAAGAGCGGUGUUUGCAUUUGCAGCACCACACCAAGAAGCUAUUUUUCUCAGCAUGACUGCCCAUUUUGUUUUGUAAGAUAUGAAAAUAAAAAUUUGAGUGGGGGAUGUACUUAGUUCUCAACCUGCCUUUAGAUUCUUUUUCUCUCUCUUCAUACUCCAUGAAGGCUAUUGAAUUUUUCUUUUAAGUUUGUUAAAUGACUUAUUGAAAUGGUAUUUAAUGUCCUUAACAGGUGCUUUA